AUGAGAAACCCCCUGUUGUCGGAUUCCUGCAGAGAUACGCAGCAGCUCCACUCCGUCAAUCCCCAGCCCUGGCUUCAGGUUGAGCGGGGGAAGCUGUCCAAGUCCUUCCCCCGAUCCCCUUCCUCCGUGUGAGUACAGUCUUCUUCUCCUUCUCCUUCUGCUACUGCUAUCGCUGCUACUUCCUCUUGUGAGUUCCUCGCGUGUCGUUCUUCCGCUGGCAGUGAAUCCUUCAUCAAGGUCCCAGAGCCGCCGAUUCUUCCGCUGUUCAAGCCCGUGGACUAUGUGGAGGUCUUAGCCCAGAUUCAUGAAGAACUGGAGUCCUGCCCCCCGCAGGAGGCGUCCAGCCUCUACCUGCUGCAGUUCCACGUCUUCAGGGGCCUCGGCGAGAGGAAGCUGCUCCGGCCGAGCCUCCGCUGCGCCUGGCACAAGGCCACCACCGCCUACGAGAAGCUCGUCUUCUUGGCCUGGCUCAAAUACGAGAACCACCACCACGGAGACGAGCUCACCGACUUCUCUGCAGCGGAGGAGAUGGACGUCACGGCCGCCGCCGGCGACUCGCAUUCUUCCUCAGCCACGGCCGCCUCCGGCGGAGUAGUCCUCUUCCGAAUCGGAGGGGAUCUGGUGGCCGGCGACCGGCGGAGGAUGGCUGCUCUCUCCGCCCCGUUCGACGCCAUGCUCAAUGGCUCCUUCAGCGAGUCGAAGCUCGAGAUCAUCGACAUGUCGGAGAAUGGCAUCUCGACUCUGGGGAUGAGACAAGUCUGCAAGUUCAGCGAGACCGGAAACCUGGGCGAUCUUCCUCCUCAGCUCCUGCUGGAGAUUCUCAUCUUCGCCAACAGGUUCUGCUGCGAGAGGCUCAAGAGCGCCUGCGACCGGAAGCUCGCCGCCUUCGUUGCUUCCCGGCAGGACGCCGUCGACCUGAUGGAGUGCGCCGUGGAGGAGAACGCUCCGAUCCUCGCCGCCUCCUGCCUGCAGAAGCUCCUGCUCGAGCUCCCAGAGUCCAUCAAGGACGAGCAGGUCGUCGGCAUCUUCUCCAAGCUCGGCCAGCACCAUCGGUCCAUCGCCUCCUUCUUCUCCCUCUACUGUUUCCUGAGCGAGGUCGCCAUGAACGCCGACCCGAACUCCGACAUCGCGGUCGUCUUCUUGGAGCGGCUGGUGGAGUCGGCGAGGGGCCACCGGCAGAAGCAGCUGGCUUUCCAUCAGCUGGGCUGCGCGAGGCUCUCGAGGAAGGAGCUCGGGGAGGCGGAGCAGAGCUUCACCGCCGCCGUCGAAGCCGGGCACCUCUACUCCGUCGCCGGACUGGCCAGAGUGGCCGCCGCCAGGGGAGACAACCAGCUGGCCUACGAGAGGCUGAGCUCCGCCAUAGCUUCUUCCUGCCCUCCCCUUGGAUGGAUGUACCAGGAGAGGUCCCACUACUCGGCGGCGGCGGCGGGCGGCGACGACGACCGGAGGAGGCUGGAGGACCUGGACAGGGCGACGGAACUGGACCCGACCCUGGUGUACCCCUACAUGUUCCGGGCGGCGGACCUGAUGAGGAGGAACCAGGACGGCGGCGCCGCCAUUGCCGAAAUCAACAGGGUCCUGGGGUUCAGGGUGGCGGUGGAGUGUCUCGAGCUCAGGUUCUGCUUCUACCUGGCCAUGGAGGACUACGGCGGCGCUCUCCGUGAUGUACAGGCCAUCCUCAGCCUCUCCCAGGGCCACCGGAUGCUCCAAGGGCGGGUCGCCGCCGCCCACCUACGUCAGCUCGUGCAGGAACACGUCGAACCGUGGAGCGCCGCCGAGUGCUGGAUGCAGCUCUAUGACCGCUGCGCCGCCGUCGACGAUGUCGGCUCGCUGUCGGUCAUCUACCAGAUGCUCGAGUCGGGCGGCGCCGCCAAGGGGGUGCUCUAUUUCCGCCAGUCUCUGCUCCUGCUCCGGUUAGAACAAGAAGCCCCCCCCCCCCACCGGUUCUUCUUCGCCGCCGUUGCUUUCUUGCUUUACCGAUGCUUUCUGGGGCAGGCUGAGCGGCCCGGAGGCGGCGAUGAGGAGCCUCCGGCUGGCGUGCCGACACGCGGGGAGCGAGCACGAGCGGCUGGUGUACGAGGGGUGGAUCCUGCUCAACGACGGCGGCGAAUGGGAAGCGGGGCUCAGGAAGGCGGAGGAGUCGAUCGCCUUGCAGCGGUCCUUCGAGGGCUUCUUCCUCAAGGCGUACGCGCUGGCCUGUUCCACCCGCCGGCCCUCCUGCUAUCCGACCGUCAUUUCCCUGCUCGAAGACGCGCUCAGCUGCCCCUCCGACAGGCUUCGCAAGGGCCAGGUGCGUGAUAGGUUUCCUCCUCUCCCUUUCUUCUUCUUCUUCUUCUUCUCAUGCUUCUUCGGAUGAGAGCCCUACUCUCGAGCCUUAUGCUGGGAACCAAACCCCACUGGAUCAUCCGAAUUUGUGAUCCGAGGCCCUGGUUCCUGAGAACGAAAACUAGAGAAAUCAGGAGCGAUUUUGUUUUGAUGUUGAUCGAUUGAAACAGGGAGAAAAAAAAAAAGCCAGCAAAUUUUGAAAUUCUUGUAGAAAGCAUGAGGAUUUUAUGACGGAUCACAGCUUAACUAUGCCAGGCGUCAUUUCCACAAAAAUAUGCUCAUUUUCCAGACAAGCUUAUGUCGUGAUUAUUUUUGUUAUCCGUAUGAUUUGAUCGAAAACAACCCCUAAGCCAUCAGUCGGGAAUAAUUGGAGGAUAAUUCUUGUUGACAGAAAUUCUGCUCCGGCUAUCCUCUCUCAUCUGUCCCGUUUUAGUUUGUGUUGUGAAGUUCUUAUAAACUAGAUGAUAGAAAGAGGAAACAGAUGAUCCUGAGUGAGUAGAAACUCGCUGAGUUUAGGAAAAAAAUUGUGUUUCGCUCCUUGGAUCUGAAAUAUUGUAUGUCAUGUAAAUUUUGGAGGAAAACUGUGAGAUUGUUUGAGGAAACUAUGAAUGAAUGAAUGAAGAUUCGCGGUGAGGUUUUGAUUUCGUUUUUUUUUUUUUGAAGUAAAAACUUUGAUGAGAAAUUGCUGUCCUUCAUGUGUCUCUUCACUGGCUAUCUUGUGAGCAACAAAUUGAAUGAAUCCAAGAACAAAUAGGUUUAGAGGGAGAGUCUCACGUUUCCCGAUGACGUUGUGCUGCUGCUCUGUAAAUUUGUCCGUGACAAUCUCAACCCGUUUCCUCUUCGAACUCGAACUGGCAGGCUUUGAACAACCUCGGCAGUGUGUAUACGGACUUUGGGAGGCUGGACCUCGCGGCUGACUGCUUCAUGAGCGCUCUCCAAAUUCGGCACACCCGAGCACACCAGGGCCUCGCUCGCGUUCACUUCCUCAAGGACGACAGGGACGCCGCCUACAAUGAAAUGACGAAGUUGAUAGAGAAGGCCAAGAACAAUGCCUCCGCGUACGAGAAAAGAUCAGAGUACUGCCGCCACGAACUCACGGCCGCAGAUCUGCAGACGGCGACUCAGCUGGAUCCGAUGCGGGUUUAUCCUUACCGGUACCGCGCGGCAGGUCAUCUCCCUCUCCCAUCUCUUGAAUCCAUCCAUCGUCCGAUUGGUUGACCUAUCCUGGAUCUGACAAAAAUGAGGGCUGUUUCUUCCAUCCAUCGUCCGGAAUGGAGCAGUGUUGAUGGACGGCCGCAAGGAGAAGGAGGCCAUUGCGGAACUGACCAGGGUGAUCGUCUUCAAGGCGGAUCUCCAUCUUCUUCACCUCCGCGCCGCCUUCAACCAGCACAUCGGAGACAUCACCGGCGCCCUCCGGGACUGCCGUGCCGCCCUAUCCGUAGAUCCCAACCACCAGGAGAUGCUGGAGCUCCGCAGCCGCGUCAACUGCGAGGAGCCGUGA